AUGAUCGACCCCCUUACGUACGUGUCAUCAAGUAUUAAUGACAACAUAGCAUUGACUCCGAAUCACCUACUUCACGGGCGGACAUUGACCUCAUUACCAUAUAUCGAAGUCACUGACGACGAAAUACGCGAUCCUACUUAUCAGUUCUCAGACCACCGUGAAAUGAAUAAUCGUUAUGUCCACUUGUCAAGAUUACAUGCUCAAUUUUGGCGAAGAUGGUCGACCGAAUAUUUGACUGCCCUUCGAGAGAGACACCCAACUACAGGAAGUAAAGGGAAUACAAUAAAAGUUAGAGAUGUUGUGAUAAUCCACAGUGAUGUGGAUAAACGCCAGAAAUGGCAUCUUGGCACCGUAACUAAAUUAGUUUAUGGCAACGACCAACUUGUGAGAUCCGCUGAGUUAAAUACAGCUAACGGACCUACCAAUCGACCGAUACAUAAAUUGUAUCCGUUAGAAGUUGUUUCCAAGGAAUUAACGUCGCCUGAAAGUAAUAAUCAAUCAGAUGUUGGAUUACCUGCAGAGACAAUACAAAAUAUUGGACUAACCGCUGACAAAGCGCGAACAGAUGUCACCACCACCCAGAUGACUGGUGACACUAUUCCUAAGCGACCAACCAGGGAUUCUGCUGUGGCAGCCCGAAUAAGAUUUGCUGAUUUAAUGUGA